AUGAUCAUUUACAAGGACAUCAUCUCCGGAGACGAGGUUCUCGCUGACACCUUCAACAUCAAGGAGGUCGACGGUGUCCUCUACGAGUGCGACUGCCGCAAGUACCUCAAGAGGAAGAAUGAGGACUUCGAGCUCGAGGGUGCUAACCCCUCCGCUGAGGGUGGUGAUGAGGAUGCCGGUGGUGAGGGUGAGGAGGUCAUGGUUCACGACAUUGAGGAUCAGUUCCGUCUCGUCUGGCUCAAGACCGAGGAGGGCAUGAAGCCUUCCAAGGAGCAUUUCAAGACCCACCUGAAGACCUACAUGAAGAAGGUUCUCACCAAGCUUCAGGAGAAGGGUGCUCCCGCUGAGGAAAUCGACGCGUUCAAGAAGGGUGCCCCCGCCGCUGUCAAGAAGAUCCUUGCCAACUAUGACAACUACGAUGUCCUUAUGGGCCAGUCCAUGGACGGUGAUGCUAUGCACGUCCUGAUUGAUUUCCGUGAGGACGGUGUCACCCCCUAUGCCACUCUCUGGAAGCACGGUCUCGAGGAGAUGAAGGUUUAA